AUUCAACAUCCUUCAAUCUCUCUAUAUAACCCAACCUCCCAUUCAUAGUUCAACCCAAAAAAGGAAAGCCAGCCAACGAAUGCACACACAAUUAAUUAAACGACUCCAUUUCUUCAUUUCCUCCAUGGAAACUCAUCCAGAUAGCUUCUGGAUUUUUGCUCUUCUUUCCAAAUGCAACUCUCUCUCUUCUCAGAACACCGUUUUUCUUUUUCUUUUUCUGUGCAUGGCUUGGCUAGCCAUGGCUUUUUGCUUCUGGGCUUAUCCUGGAGGCCCUGCCUGGGGUAAGUACUGGUUCAAGAUAGGAAGUAAAGCCAAGUUAGUUCCAGGUCCUAGAGGGUUUCCAGUGCUAGGCAGCAUGAACCUGAUGGCCAACUUAGCUCAUCAAAAGCUUGCAGCUGCAGCUAUCCUGUUCAACGCGAAAAGACUCAUGGCUUUUAGCCUAGGAGAGACUAGGGUUAUAAUCACAUGCAAUCCUGUUGUAGCUAAAGAAAUCCUAAACAGCUCGGUCUUUGCAGAUCGUCCUGUGAAAGAGUCUGCUUAUGGACUCAUGUUUAACAGAGCCAUUGGUUUCGCUCCUUAUGGGGUCUAUUGGCGAACCCUAAGGAGAAUCGCGGCAACACAUCUCUUUUGUCCCAAACAAAUCAGCUCUACAGAGUCACAGAGGAAAGAUAUUGGUUCCCAAAUGGUAUCACUUAUUGCAUGUCACAGAGGAGAUUUCCGAGUCCGUGAUAUACUAAAGAGAGCUUCACUUAACAACAUGAUGUGGUUGGUCUUUGGGCGCAGAUACGAACUGGGUUCAUCAAACAGCGAAACGGAACAACUGAGAGCGUUAGUUGAGGAGGGGUAUGAACUACUAGGGAAGCUCAACUGGUCCGAUCAUCUUCCUUGGCUUGCAAGUUUCGACCUUCAAAAGAUCCGUUUCAGGUGCUCCCAAUUGGUUCCUAAGGUGAACCAUUUUGUCAACCGGAUUAUUCAAGAACACAAAGCUCAGUUGAACGGCCGAACAAGACAAGAUUUUGUAGAUGUUUUACUCUCUCUUCAAGGACCGGAAAAGUUAUCAGAUCAGGAUGUGGCUGCUGUUCUUUGGGAGAUGAUUUUUAGAGGAACAGACACCGUAGCUGUUUUGAUAGAGUGGAUACUAGCGAGAAUGGUUCUUCACCCUGAUAUUCAAGCCAAAGUCCACAAUGAGCUCGAUGGAGUCGUGGGAAGAUCACGGCCGUUAAUGGAAUCAGACAUUCAGUCAACGGUUUAUCUGCAAGCAGUAGUGAAAGAAGUGCUUAGGCUACAUCCACCUGGCCCACUUUUAUCCUGGGCCCGAAUGGCAAUCAGGGACACUACAGUGGAUGGGUAUGAGGUGCCCGAGGGGACCACAGCUAUGGUAAACAUGUGGGCCAUAACAAGGGACCCAGAAGUUUGGAUGGACCCAAUCAAGUUCUGGCCAGAGAGAUUUGUGUGCAAAGAUGCUGGUGCCGUGGACAUGGAGUUUACGGUGUUGGGUUCAGACCUCAGGCUGGCUCCAUUCGGGUCGGGUAGGAGGACAUGCCCAGGAAAGGCAUUGGGUUUGGCCACAGUUAGCUUCUGGGUAGGGACGUUGUUGCAUGAGUUUGAGUGGGUGAAAUCAGAUCACAACUUGGUGGAUCUGUCCGAAAUACUAAGGCUAUCUUGUGAAAUGGCAAACCCACUUAGCGUCAAAGUGGACCCUAGGAGAGAAUCCUAAUUACUAAUUAAGUUGGGUCCUACAUGUACACGUUGUAAAUAUACCCUCUCUACCCUUCUCUCCAACUUCCAUGCCUUAUAUAUAAAUAAUAGCAUGUGGUUUGGGCAUUUGCCGGUUAAUUAAAUAGUUAUAAUAACUUUGAUA